AUGGGCUGGUUAUGGGGUAGUGGCGGAGGAGCCAAAGAUCAACUCGACCCAUCUCUCCGCGAUUUCCUCGACAAAGAAAACCCCACAGGCCCCAAACCUUCGCUCCCCUCCAAACCUGUCGAAAAGCCCGACGAAGCCUCGCAAGCUGAACCCACCCGAGCCGACCAAGGGCCUGUAGUCCCUCCUCAAUCCCAAUUCCAGGAUGGCCGCUAUGCCCAUCUCUGGAAAAACUACGUCCCCCAACGCCAAAUCGACGACCGCGGCAAGAACGAGCAAGACCGCCUCCGCGACGCCGUCGAUGCCUACAACGACCGCAAAGCCGAAGUUGGGCGCGUGGCCAUGGAGAACUGCGCUCUCGAAUACAUAGCCCAAUUUGACUGCUAUCGCAAUCCCAAAUGGGGGCAGGUCGCUACCCUGUGCCGCACCGAGACGCGCGCCUUCAACCGCUGCUACGACAUACAAUCCAAGUUUCUCAAAGCUCUGGGCUACAUGACCAUGGACUACCGCAGCGAUGAGGACAGCGAGAAGAUUCAGAUGCACGCAGAUCGAUUAUACCAGCAAAUGCUCGCGCAGGAACAACAAAUCGAAGAAGCUAAGAAACAAGGACUGCCUCCCCCGCAGUUCGACUCCAUCUUUUCCAAAGCGAAUAUCGCCCGCGCUAUGAACAACGGCGCUUCAGUUGUCGCUCCUGCCCCAGGCCAAGUCAUCUCCGAAGAAGAGGAACGGGAAGUCUGGGCACGCAUCAAACCCGAAUCUCGCAAACUCUAUGAGCAGAACAUCGCAAAAUUACCGCCUGAAGAGCAGGACUUGGAGCGAAAAGCACUGCUGGGUGAACUUAAGAGUCAAAAUAUCAUGGCCAGGAGCGUUGAGCAGACAUUUAUUGAGGAGAGGAUCAAUCGGCUAAAGAGGAAAGAGGCGGGGCAGUCUACCAUUGGAGAUAUAAUUAAGAGCGCUUGGGGGUGGGAUUGAUCAAUUGAAUGGGGAAAACACAUAUAACACUAUGUUACAGGAUUACCACCUUGCCCUAUUUCUCUUUCUCUCAUGCACGUUGGAUAGGCAUCGAGUGUGUCAUUGUAGAAUUUGUGUGUACGAUCUUUUGUGUAAUAGUAUACAUUAACGACUUUCA